AUGGCACAGCAAGCUCUUCACCAUUACUCUCUUCCAAUCUACAAUGUACCUGUCAGCAGUCCAUCAAAAAGUUAUGGAAGAAUUAAAUUGGCAGUUUUAAUAUGUGUUGUGAUGUUCAUGUUGACAACAAUGAUUUUGUUGAGGAUAUUACGAAAGAUUACACCAACACCAUCCAACUCGACAAAACAUGCUGACCUAUUUUAUGAAAGUGAUGAAUUUCUGUGGAAUACGAAACUAGAAGAAACGAAUUUUGAGCUGGAAAAAGAUGUAGAUUAUCAAGAAUUGACCAUUUCGCAGUGGAUGCCAAUUAAAAUUGAGGAUUGUCAAAGUGGAAUGUACAAAUUCUCAGCUCCAUGUUUACAAAAUCAAGAUUCGAAUAUAGAAAAAGGAAUUGAACUAAUCUACCACUCAUUCAAAAUCAAAGCUCCUAAAUUUUUCAAUGAAAAGCAAAAGAAAAUAUGGAUGGAACAAUCUAGAGAUUCUAUUCUAAUGAAAUGGAGUCCAGAUAAUGAAUGGGCAAUUUACCCAUCAAUCAAUGGUCAAAUUUUAGUUUUUAAUAAUGUUUAUAUUGAUCCAAUUGUUGACAGUGAUGAAUGGAGUGAGAAUAAUUGUGUUGGUCAAUCGAAUUCUCAUUUAAAAUUUCUAAAAACGAAUCCAACUCCGUUGCAAACAUAUGAAUCGGUCGAUUCUUUGAUUAUUUCAACAAGUCCAGAUUCGUUCAGUUUCCAACACUUUCUGGAUAGAGUUACUGUAGUAUGGGGACAAGCAACAUUGGAAAAUUCUGAGACAGCAGGAAGAAAAUCUUCAAUACUUGCUGGAAAAGAGCCUACCAACCAAUUUGUCAAUGAAAUUUAUCAAAUUAUUGCACACAAUCAUUUCCAUAAACGUGCAAUUUAUGCCAAGAAAGUAAUCUACUCCUGCAGAAGUCCACUCGUUCAUCCAUUCACCACUCAACGAAUUUCAAAUGAAAUACUUUUUCAAUUGAACUUGUCAUUCGAUAUUCCAUUCAAAGAUAGAAAGAAAAUUGUCUACUUUACAAGAAGUAAUGGCGACAGUCAAAAUGGAGGAAGAAUGAUACUUAAUGAGGAUGCUGUUUUGGAACAUUUAAAAGUGGAAUUGCUGAAACGAAAUUUGAAUGAAGAAUUGGUGACAUUUGAUAGCAGAGAUUUCGCCAAUUUGAGUGAAAUUGUAAAAUUCUUUGCCAAUGUAAAGGCAAUAUUUGGACCACAUGGAGCAGCUUUUUACAAUUCUAGAUUCGCACCAAGAAAAUUGGCAGUUUUGGAAAUAUUGCCGAGUGGUGGAUUUUUCUAUCAAGGUUUCUGGGAACAAGCAAGUUUAUUGGAACAAACUUAUGGAGUUUAUUAUGCACAGAUGGUAAACUUUGACAAUGAUAUGAUUAUUAAGAAUAUUCCUCAAUUUGUGAAAUAUUUUCUUCACCUUGUUGAUGAAUGUCAAUUUAGAAAACCUCAAGAUAUUUUGCAAAAGUAUUAUCAUUGGCAAUUUACAGAGUCCUCUUAA